CUUAGUAAUGGCGGCGUCUGGGGAGCCCGGGAGGCCCUGGCAGGAGGAGGUGGCGGCAGCGGUGGUGGUGGUGGGUUCCUGCAUGACCGACCUGGUCAGUCUUACUUCUCGCUUGCCAAAAACUGGAGAAACCAUCCACGGACAUAAGUUUUUCAUUGGCUUUGGAGGGAAAGGUGCCAACCAGUGUGUCCAAGCUGCUCGGCUUGGAGCGAAGACGUCCAUAGUCUGCAAGGUUGGCAAAGAUUCUUUUGGCAAUGAUUACAUAGAAAAUUUAAAACAGAAUCAUAUUUCUACAGAAUUUACAUAUCAGACCAGAGAUGCUGCAACAGGAGCUGCUUCUAUAAUUGUCAAUGAUGAAGGCCAGAAUAUCAUCGUCAUAGUGGCUGGAGCGAAUCUGCUUUUGAAUACUGAAGACUUGCAGAAGGCAGCCAGUGUCAUUAGCAGAGCCAGAGUGAUGAUCUGCCAACUCGAAAUAAGCCCAACAACUUCUCUGGAAGCUCUGACAAUGGCCCGCAGCAGUGGAGUGAAAACGUUGUUCAACCCCGCUCCUGCUGUUGCCGACCUGGACCCCCGGUUCUACACCCUCUCCAGUGUCUUCUGCUGCAAUGAGAGCGAGGCUGAGAUUUUAACGGGCCUCGCAGUGAGUAACCCGACCGAGGCUGGGAAGGCUGCAUUGGUUCUCCUAGAACGGGGCUGCCAGGUCGUGGUCAUUACCUUAGGAGCUUCAGGAUGCGUGACACUGUCGCAGACGGAGCCUGUUCCAAAGCACAUUCCCACAGAAGCAGUCAAGGCUGUGGAUACCACGGGUGCUGGUGACAGCUUUGUGGGCGCGCUGGCCUUCUACCUGGCCUACUACCCGACUCUGCCCAUGGGAGAAAUGCUCAAGAGAUCAAAUUUCAUCGCUGCAGUCAGCGUCCAGGCUACAGGAACGCAGUCCUCUUAUCCAUACAAAAAAGACCUUCCUCCUGCUCUAUUCUGACUGCUGCUAGCCCCCCAAAAAUAUAAUCUGGGAAUAAAAUGC